AUGACUGUACAAUCAAGAAUAGGCGAAGAUACUAAAUCGGGACAAUAUUCAUCGAAAGAACUUGAUACAUGGAUCGAACAAUUAAAAGAAUGUAAACCAUUACAAGAAAAUCAUAUUAAAUAUUUAUGCGAACAAGCAAAAGAUAUUUUAUCCAAAGAAUCAAAUGUACAAGAAGUCAAAUGUCCGGUGACUGUUUGUGGUGAUGUACAUGGACAAUUCCAUGAUUUAAUGGAACUAUUUAAAAUUGGUGGAAAUGCACCAGACACAAAUUAUCUUUUCAUGGGAGAUUAUGUUGAUCGUGGUUAUCAUUCUGUUGAAACUGUAACAUUAUUGGUCGGUCUUAAAGUUCGUUAUAAAGAUCGUAUAACUAUUCUUCGUGGUAAUCAUGAAUCUCGACAAAUUACACAAGUCUAUGGAUUUUAUGAUGAAUGUCUAAGAAAAUAUGGCAAUGCCAAUGUUUGGAAAUAUUUUACUGAUCUAUUUGAUUAUCUUCCAUUAACAGCUAUAGUUGAUAAUCAAAUCUUUUGUUUACAUGGUGGACUUAGUCCAUCGAUUGAUACAUUAGAUCAUAUUCGAGCACUAGAUCGAAUUCAAGAAGUACCACAUGAAGGACCCAUGUGUGAUUUAUUAUGGUCGGAUCCAGAUGAUCGCGGUGGUUGGGGUAUUUCACCACGUGGUGCAGGAUAUACAUUUGGCCAAGAUAUUUCUGAAACAUUCAAUCAUACAAAUGGACUUCAAUUGGUUUCUCGUGCACAUCAAUUGGUUAUGGAGGGUUAUAAUUGGUCUCAUGACAAGAAUGUCGUAACAAUAUUUUCCGCACCGAAUUAUUGUUAUCGUUGUGGUAAUCAAGCAGCAAUAAUGGAACUUGAUGAUUCAUUAAAAUAUUCGUUUCUUCAAUUUGAUCCAGCACCUCGUCGUGGCGAAAUUCAAUACAUGCGUGCUGAUUAA